UGCUCCGAUCUGCCUGUUGCUUGGUCCACCACCCCUGGAGUUCUUGCCACCUCCUCCAUCUGCACCAGCUCUAUUUUGCACUGCAGUCAAGAAUCCACCCGGCAGCCCCCUCGCUUUCUGCCAGAACUCGCCUAGAUCCUUAGUCUAGGCUCUCACCCCACCCCACCCCCAGCGAAGGGAUCCUAGCGAGUCACCUACGGAAGGAAGGGGUGCGAGGGGCGGAGCGCGUGCCCCAAAGGAAGAGACCGCUCCCCUCUGCAGAGCCGCCCCUGUGCCAGGAGUCUGCAGCCUAGCGGUUAACCUUGAGCCCUUGCAGUGAGCGGCUCUCGCGGGCGGUAGCUUAGGAGGGGGCAGGGGACCUGGAAACCGCUGCGCCGGCUGACCUGCCCCGCGCAAGACCGGAGUGCGCGCCUGGCCCCCGACGCGGCAGAACGCGGCCAUCUCGACCUGCAAGGGCCCCCGAGACCUCCCCACCAGUCCCAGGACGUCAGGAAGUGGCCUCCACGGCCACUGCCCGGAGCGUGGAAAUUGGACCGGGCGGGAACGAGGCCCCAGAAACCUGAAGCGCAGGGCAGUGUGGGGCUCUGGCGGGAGCCGGUGGGAAGGUUAAGGAAGUGACGAUUGAGGAGGCGCCAUCUUCAUGGAGGAGGCAGCGCCGGCCGUGGUGAAGCAACAGGCGGUGGAGAAGCAGCUGGAGGGGGAGAAGUUGGAGGUGUGUGUAGAGGGCCAGGAGGACCGGGUGCCUCUGCACCUUGAGGGCCUAAUUGUGGGCCCACUGGAGGGCAUUCAUUGGCAGCUGGAAGCCAUGAGUGACCAGACUGACAGGUCUAGUAGGUUUGGGAGGGUGCGCUGGCUGCACUUAGAUCGUAGGAACUUCACCAUCCAAAAUACUCCGGGCUUUUGGGUCACUGCCUUCCUGAACCACCCGCAGCUCGGCAACCAUGAUCAGCCCCCAGAUGAAGAUGGGCUCUGCUACCUGAUGAACUUGGUGAGGGAGCUCUGGCACACCAGGACAGGUUGCAAGUACAAGUUCCGCUUUUGGAGCAACCCCUACUUCCGAAACAAGGCGAUGGUGAAGGAGGAUGAAUGUAGAUCCUCAGGCCCUGUGGUGUCAGUUGCAACUAUCAGAUGGCACAGGGCUAGGAACCCCUGCCGUGAUACAGCAGAACCUCAACACAGUCUGAAGCUUCUUAUACUAGUUUUUAUAGCACAGCUUCCCAGAGACUGCAGGGUUGCCCAGAUCAUUAAAGAUGACCUGUGGCCAAACCUCCUUCAGUACUACUUACUGGGGUGUAGGGCCUCGAACCAGGUGAGGCUUAGGAAGGGGUCCCACAAAGGCCUCUCCUAGGCCCUACAGGUUCCAUUCUGGCUAAGGUCCUGCCCUGGGAUAUGGCACCUACAUAAGACUCCUUUCUGCUUCCUGUGGACCCGAGCUUAGUCCAGCAAUGGGCACUCUGCUAUUUGCCUUCUCUUUUGUGCCCUUUGGCUCCUUGCGAUGUUCAGUGCACUCAGAUAAGAUUGUGGCUUACGUGACCAAUGUGUUGUUUCCAUGUGAACUUAAUGCUAUCCCAUGUCAGCAUCACAUGUCUGUCACACACUAUUGUAUUUAGAACAGGCACCCAAUUUUGUGCACUUGUACUGUCAUUAUCGUCACGGCCCGGACCUAUCUGUGACUUAGCCUUCCCGCCCAUGCAUCUGGGCAGGUGCUCAAGGCAGGGCAAAGAUGGGAUCCCUUCCAGCAGUUCACUUUCCUGAGCUCUGUUGCUAGACACACAGGAUCCAGUCCCUUUGCCGUUUCCUCCUGUCUGUUUUUGGGCUUCAGGUUGUAGGUGAUGGAGGGGGCUUCUGGCCAUGUGGGCUGUCUAUACUGGCCCAGAUAUUAUACUGUUUGUCAUUAAAGUGUCAGUUCAGAAACAAAAUAACUGCAAAAAUAAGGGUUUUGCAGAUAUCGAAGGAGUUAGACUUUCCUGAAUUCACCUCUAUCUCCAGAGGGUGAGAGCUUGUCUAUAGGCUGUCAGCAGUCUUUGCCCCCUUUGCUCCUUUGCCCUGCCCCCUUUAGCAAGGCCUAGAAUCUUCAAAGUGGGGGACAGUGCAAGGCUACUGAAGAGACACCAGGAAAUCCCCAAGGGUUGGAUAGUUAAUCAUUUCAUUUUAUGCUGUGUUCUUUUGGAGGAACUUUAGCCCUAACUGUUCUCCCUCCUCCAGGUCUACACUACUUGCCCCCGUGGAUUGUGCGUUCUUGUAGAUACAAGAGCUUAACUGCCCCUCUCUCUCUUAAGUCCCUCCCAAGU